AUGUUCAACUAUUUCCUAUAUAUAUCGACUACUGGAUUCAACUUGUUAGUCGACGAGGAAAAUCCCACGUCCAUUGAAGAUGUGGUUGUUGCUAGUAGUAACACAACUGAUGGCGUCAGGGCUGGUCUUGAACAAUCAUCAGCUGAAGAUAGGCAUGAUUUUGAUCACGAACAACAACCCAAACAUUUUGGCCAGCAAAAUUUGGUUCCUGCUGCUCAUCGUGAAAUUGAAUCCCUCCUUUUCACUCAUGGUGCUGCGUUUAGUGAAUUUGAAUGGGAGGCUGGCUUGCUACUUAUGUUGCGACAAAGAUAUUUCCUGACCUACGAGGCCCUGCUCUUUGUUUCUCAGUCCAUCCAUGAGCAUUAUUCAAGAAAUAUGGCCAUCGUUCAGGAAAAAUUUGCUGCCCUAUUUAUAUCUACUGAAGGAACUGGUAGUACCGAGUUUAAAGCAGCUUUCCUGUAAAUCAUUUUUGUGAAAAAAAUGAAUAAGGGCACAUGCUCGCCGCUUUAGGAGAGAAAAUUGAAUAUAAUGUUUGGACAUAAAAAUCUCUAAGUCCUAAACCCCCCCGUUGAUUAAUAACGGUUAUUUAAUUAGUUAAAUCAUAUCAAGAAUGGCACAGCGGAUCAGCAUCUGACUGUGAUGCGAGAGACCCGUGUUCGAUUCCUACAGAAGGCUUUUCUUUUAUUCAAGUAAGUAUGUUGGAGGCACAUACUUACAUGCUUACUCGUUACUUACAAAAUGUAAGUAUGAAAAAACUAUUUAAGUAUGUUAAGCUCGUAAGUAGUUUCGUCUUGUAAGUAAUCCUGGCCCACUAAAGUAUGUUAAGGUAAGUAUUCUACCGCUGCU